AUGUUGUGGAGUAGGAACGAACUUCGGCCGUACUCCCCCAGUACAGAGGCUUCUACAGAUGGCAACAAGAACCAGAACAAGAACAAGUAUAAGAAUAAGAAUAAGAAUAAAAAUAAGAAUAGGAAUAGGAAUAAGAACCAGAAUAAGAAUAAGAACCAGAAUAAGAACAAGAACAAGAACAAGAACAAGAAUAAGAAUAAGAAUAAGAAUAGGAAUAGGAAUAAGAAUAAGAACCAGAACAAGAGUAAGAAUAAGAAUAAGAAUAAGAAUAAGAAUAAGAAUAAAAAUAAGAAUAAGAACAAGAACAAGAACAAGAACAACAAUAAGAACAAGAACAACAAUAAGAACAAGAACAACAAUAAGAAUAGGAAUAGGAACAAGAACAAGAAUAAGAAUAAGAAUAAGACAGUCUAUUUACAGAUGGGCAGGUAG